GCGGAGCAUCUCAGACACCCGGUCACUUGCUACCAACGCAUCCAGCCUCUCGUCAACGAGCUGCAUCAAAGCCCAAAGCCGCUCCUUUGAUUCUUGACUUUGUUCCUCUGUCUGCCCCACAGAUCCAACUGUAUUGUAUUUCUUACUUCACGGUCAAACAACCGACCUUUGCCAAUUUAUCACGACUUUGGCAGGCUGCUGCAACUACCGCGGAAGGGCCCUUCUCCGCUGCCUUGCUUAGCCACGUUGCUCUUCGCUGUAACCAGCCCACUUCCGCCCUAGGCCUGACUCCUUUCACAACGUCAACCUGCGCAAUCACCUAUCUCCAUGGACCACUGAAGCUGCCUUUGGACUGUAUUCAUCGUCGCUUCGACAUAUUCGCCAAUCUUGACUUUGUGUGCAGCACCCAACGACAGCAUGGCGGAGAGCGGAGACGUAGAUUUGGGACAGCUGUCUGCGAGUCAGCAAGAGUCCCUCCAGCAAUACACAAGUGUCACAAAUCAGGAGCUCAAGGAUGCGAUACCGCUGUUGCAGCGAUCGCAAUGGAACGUCCAGAUCGCCAUCGCCAAGUUCUUCGACGGCGAAGGCCCUGAUCCUGUCGCGGAGGCAAUGGCACAGGACAUCCCCCGGACAGAAGCGCGGCACGAGAACCUUCAAGAGAGUCUGCUUGCUUCUGCAGCCCGUCCGCCGGCUCCUCGGAGAGAUCGACCCGACCCCGCGCCGCGAAUCGUUCCUCAACCGAAUACAGUCCACCGUCCGCCAUUCCUGAUCGGGUUGCUCUUGGCACCUUUCAGCAUCGGUUACAGCAUCGCAUCUAAGAUGUUUCGGACCGUCUUCUACCUGCUCAGUUUCCUUCCCCGACAGAUCCGGCCACGAGCCAUCACGAGCGGGCCGGGGAAUGGACUACGGAGUACCAACGGGCGCCGGAUGCUCAUGCCCCGAGACACGGCGGCGCGAUUCAAGCGUGAAUUCGAGGAAGAGUAUGGAAGCACCGAAUUGCCCUGGUUCGAGGGCGGUAUUGCCCAGGCACAAGACCUGGCCAAGAAGGAACUCAAGUUCUUACUUGUUGUUCUCAUGUCGCCUGAACACGACGAUACCGAAUCUUUCACGAGGGAAACUUUACUGAACCCGGAUGUCGUCAGCUUCAUCAACGACCCGGCGAACAAUGUUAUCUUGUGGGGCGGCAACAUCCUGGACUGUGAAGCGUACCAGGUCGCCCAGGAAUACAACUGCACAAAGUACCCAUUUUCGGCGAUCGUCUGCCUCACGCCCAAGGAAGGAAGCACUAGAAUGAGCAUCAUCAAGCGGCUUGCUGGCCCGAUGCCGGCUGCUGCAUACCUUGCGGAAGCUCAGACCGCCAUCAACAAAUACGCACCAGAUCUAGCCGGUGUCCGAGCAGAGAGGACGGCACAAGAGGUGGCACGCAGUCUGCGAACUGAGCAAGAUACUGCCUACGAACGAUCGUUGGCCAAGGACAGGGAGAGAGCGCGACAGCGGCGCGAGGCGGAAAAGGCCGCGGCAGAAGCUGCGCGCAAAGCCGAGGAAGAGGCCGAAGCUGCAGCAAGGCGCGAGGAGCUUGGCGAUAAGUGGAAGCGCUGGCGGGCGACGACUAUGGAAGACGAGCCACCAGCCAGUAACAAGGAUGUGGUACGGAUUGCGCUGAAGAUGCCCGAGUCGUCUGGGGCCGGAAGAAUCGUGCGCCGGUUCCGCAACGACACAACGAUGGAAACGCUAUACGCUUUCGUGGAGUGUUACGAUGUGUUGACGGCAUCAGAGGAAGUGUCAGAGAAGGCCGCUGUCAAGCCCGAGGGCUACGAGCACGAGUAUCAGUUCCGCAUUGCAUCUGUCAUGCCCCGGGUGGUGUACGAACCCAGCAAGGAGGAAACGAUGGGCCAGAAGAUUGGGCGGUCAGGGAAUCUGAUCGUGGAGGAAGUGUCGGCCGACGGCGAGUCAGACUCCGGCGAAGAAUACUCGUCGUAGAUGGAGACGGUACGACCAGGGCUAAUCAUCAAGCAAGUGUAGGAUGGCGCAAGGCAGAGCAAGCAUUAGUAGAAAACCGCGCCAUUUUGUACGCGCAGUGACGGGGCAGCCAAUAAUAACCAUUCAAGACACUGUCGCGAGCAUUGAAGAACGUUGUCAGCAAGCUGCAGGAUACAAUAGCUUCUUAUCGCCGAAAGCUAACCGCGGGAGCCGUAUAUCCAUCUUGGGCAAGCCAAGGAAGCCCAUCAGCACAAGGCCGUGAAGUUCAAAAGAGGGUAACGACGUUGGCACGGAAGGCAACCUAACGAUGUACAUAUCACCCCCAGGUAUCUGUAAGUGUAUGCCAAAGAGGGGUUGAUUUGCGUGGCCUCCUGUGUCUGGCGUCUUGGGAGUUCCCCACUAGACGAUGGGAGGCCGAAGGGGAAAGUGUGUAGUGUGUACCGCACGCGAUGUAGGUGGCAGGUCCCGUGGCGCUGUUUGACCGUACACGUACGUGUUGAGGAUGUUGCUGCUUGCGUGGAUGAGUGAGGCUGUGCAGGAACGACUGUGCAGACCAACACUUGGCUUGCCUAGCC